AUGUCCCUGGCGGCCUCGGCUGGCCGGGGCCCGGGGGCCGUGUGGUCCCCAACGCACGUGCAGGUGACGGUGCUGCAGGCGCGGGGCCUGCGGGCCAAGGGCCCCGGGGGCACGAGCGAUGCGUACGCGGUGAUCCAGGUGGGCAAAGAGAAGUACGCCACCUCGGUGUCGGAGCGCAGCUUGGGCGCGCCGGUGUGGCGGGAGGAGGCCACCUUCGAGCUGCCGCCGCUGCUGUCCGCCGGGGCCGCGCCCGCGGCCGCCGCCACCCUGCAGCUCACCGUGCUGCACCGCGCGCUCCUCGGCCUCGACAAGUUCCUGGGCCGGGCCGAGGUGGACCUGCGGGAGCUGCACCGGGACCAGGGCCGCAGGAAGACCCAGUGGUAUACCUUGAAAUCCAAACCAGGAAAGAAGGAUAAAGAGCGAGGUGAAAUUGAGGUUGACAUCCAGUUUAUGAGAAACAACAUGACCGCCAGCAUGUUUGACCUUUCCAUGAAAGACAAGUCUCGGAAUCCAUUUGGGAAGCUGAAGGACAAGAUCAAGGGGAAGCAUAAGGAUAGCGCGUCCGAUACUGCUUCAGCCGUCAUUCCCAGUGUCACACCCUCCGCCGACAGCGAUGAUGAGUCUACUUCAAAAGACAAGAAAAAGAAGUCGAAGAUCAAGACCUUGUUUUCCAAGUCAAAUUUGCAGAAAACACCACUUUCCCAGUCCAUGUCUGUCCUGCCUACUUCAAAGUCAGACAAAGUGCUGCUUCGUCCUGGAGGCUUUCAGUCCCGGUGGGAGGAUGAUGAAAAUGAGGAUGAGUCCUCCUCUGCCUCUGAUGUCCUGUCUCCCAAGAGAACAGAGAGUGCACAUCCUAAGCAACUGAACCAGAUCAAUUUCAACCUUCCCAAGAAGGAAGGAGGACUCCCCUUUCUUGGUGGCCUUCGGUCUAAGAAUGACUUCCUUUCUCGCUCUAAUGUCUGUAUCAACGGGAACCAUGUUUAUGUGGAGCAGCCAGAAGCCAAGAGCGAGACCAAGGACAGCACCCCUUCUUCUUCCCCGUCCCCCCAGGGCUUCAGGAAGAAGCAUUUGUUCUCCUCCACCGAAAACCUGGCCACUCGGUCCUGGAAGGAGCCUGGUGACGUUGGGGUGGUGUCUUCCGACAGACAGUUCUCUGAGUCUUCCACAAAAGACUCUCUGAAAUCUAUGUCUCUGCCAUCCUACCGGCCACAGAUCAGUGGGGACAUUCAGGAGAACACGGCUCCAGUGAGCUUGGAGGUGGCAAAAGAAACCAAGGAGAGCAAGAAGCAGGAGAACAAGAAGUCCUCUUUGCUGUCUCUGGUGACAGGAAAGAAGGAUGUGGCUAAGGGCAGUGAAGGCGGAAGCCCCCCUACGGUCCCAGGAAAGGAGAAGGAAGGCACGCUUAUGGAAGUCACACCGAGGGGGGACCAGGCGGGGCCUGACGGAGACCUAGUAGAAAGAUCCGAGAAGGAUACUACGGCUGUUGUCUCCAGACGUGGUAAAUCCCUGAAUCCCUUUGAGGACGUGCAGAUCACAGAACCGGAAGCUGACCGAGAGCCCAAGUCUGAACCUACACCACCUGCUCCCUCUGUAAGGACUCCGCAGACCAAAGCUGUCAAGCCUCGACUGGAAGUGUCUCCAGAGGCUCAACCCACAGCCAGGCUUCCUUCUUCCCCUGACUCUCCUCUCUUUUUUUCCGCUCUUCUUUCCAGUUCUGGCCAGACACCUGUCCUUUCUAAAUCGGGUCAUGGCUCAGAGACACUGUCCUCUGAAUCUCCUUCUGUCUUCUUCUCUUUCUCAUCUCCCGUAGCGGCCCCCAUUUCCACAUCCACGCCGGUUGAAAACUGGCCUUCCACAGACAAGGGCCAGGCCGGUCCUGAAGAACCAUCCUUACUCCUUAAAGCAGAAUUGCAAAAGGAGAGUUUAACACAAGUUCCAAAGACUGUUUCUUGUGCCUCGGGGUCACUUUCUAAACAGCUACCCACUCCAGUGAGGAAAGGGCCAGAAGAUUCUCCGAGGAAGACCAGUGAGGUAGGCCCAGAGAACACCGUCAGUAAUGACUCAGCAAAGUCUCUCCUGAAGCAGCCUGAGACCGAGCCACAAGAAGUUCUGAGGUUGCCCCCCUCAGAACAAGCCUCUGUCCCUUCAUCUCAAGGGACCCAAGAAAUGACAUUCGCCCUUUCAUCCCCAAGUGGCGAGAUUGAAAGCCCAGCUGGGAAGCCUCCGAUGGGGGAAGACACAGAUGUCACAAGUCCAUGUGGGUCUUGUGGGGAGAACAGAGUGAAGGACAGCAGAACGGCUUCUGCGGUUCCAGAAGCAGUGUCCCCUCUUCAGAUGGCAGAAUCAUCCCCCACUCUUGGCUCUGUGAUGCAGACGCACGAGGAGAAUGUCCAUGAGGGCCAAAAGAAAAUCAAGAAGCGGGUGUCAUUUUCUGAGCAGCUCUUUACGGAGGAGGAGUUAGAGAAGUCCCCCGGAUCAGAGGAGGAGGACGAAGGGAACCCCCAGGAGCCGCCACGGGAAGGAGCCACGGCUGGAAAUGGGUCAGAUGGGGAGCCUGCCGGGUCUGUCCACACAGAGGACUCCAAGAGGGAAGCGGCCAGUCAGGGUGCGCUAGCUUCCACGGCCGAUCCCCUUGCCCUCCCCUGCGAGGAGAGUUUCUCAGAAGGCCCCGUGAGUGAAGCAAGCUCGGGGCAAGACCUUCCCCUCUGUGGGGUCGAGGGAGACCAUCUGCUUAUGGCCGAGAAUCAGAGCAAAGCCAGUGAUCACGAAGGCUUAUUGUCCGACCCCCUGGGCGGCCUUCCCUCUGCCCCAGGUGUUAGCUCUCCAGUCCUGGCUGACCUGGGCUUAACCCUUCCUUCCAUCCCCGAAGUGGCAUCGGAUGACGAAAGAGUGGAUCAGGUUGAAGAUGACGGAGAUGGAGAGAUGGCCCAGGUGGCAGCCCCGGAAGCCGGGCCUUCUUCCUUGAGCGCGUCACCUGCCCGUCCUGAGAUGGGAAAGGGGCCCAGAGGCCAGGCGGUUGUGUGGGCGGUGCCCACCGAGAGCCUGCACGACCCCCAGUCGAAGGCACCCAAAGCAUCCGUUACAGCUUCUUCUUCGGACCACGGCUUCCCGACCACAGCUUUGGGAAUUCAUAAACCAGAUCGUGGCAAGAGUUCACGCUCGGAUAAACAGCGGUCAGGUCCUGGCGGUGGCGAGAAGGAAGAGUUGCCGGGAAAUGGGGGGCCAAGCCAGCGUCCUGAAGUGGCCCUGGAUUCUCCUGUACCCAGCCCCUCCUUUUCUGAGACCUUUCCUGUUCCGCACUCUUUUCCUAGCUACCCACACGCUGACACGCACCACACCAGUACAGCAGAAUCUCAAAAAAAAGCAACAGCAGAGGGCCCUGCUGGUAAGGUGGACAAUUCUGGCAAGAGGAAGCCGCUUCUUCAGGCCUGGGUCUCACCCUCAGAGACACAUACAGUCUCAGCUCAGCCGAGCACGGGAACGGGGUCAGCCAAGCACAGACUUCAUCCCGUGAAGCCAAUGAACGCAGCAGCCCCCAAGAUUGUUAAUUCCAGCUUGGGCACUGCCACCAUCAUCAGUGAGAACAUGAUCAACGAAGCCAUGAUGAAGAAAUACAACCCAUCGGACCCUGCCUUCGCUUAUGCACAGCUAACCCACGAUGAGCUGAUCCAGCUGGUCCUCAAACAGAAGGAGACGAUAAGCAAGAAGGAGUUUCAGGUCCGCGAGCUGGAAGACUACAUUGACAACCUGCUAGUCAGGGUCAUGGAGGAGACCCCCAACAUCCUCCGGAUUCCCACUCAGGUCGGCAAAAAGGCAGGAAAGAUGUGA